AACUGUGCUUUGUUGGCUUCGAGAUUUUGGAUAAGGAAUUAAGAAAGAAAAUAAUUUUCCGAAGCAAUCUGAAUCUCAUCUCAUCUUCCAUUUCCAUCAUCUUCAAUUUCUUCGCCAACGAACCCUAACCAUGUCCGGUGUGGGCCCUAUUUCUCAGGAUUGGGAACCCGUCGUCCUCCGCAAGAAACCUCCCACCGCCGCCGCCAAGAAGGACGAGAAAGCCGUCAACGCCGCCCGCCGCUCCGGCGCCGAAAUCGAAACCCUCAAAAAAUAUAAUGCUGGGACAAAUAAAGCAGCCUCUAGCAGCACUUCCUUGAACACUAAGAGGCUGGACGAGGAUACAGAGAAUCUAGCUCAUGAGAAGGUACCGACUGAACUUAAGAAGGCUGUAAUGCAAGCUAGGAUGGACAAGAAACUCACUCAGGCUCAGCUUGCUCAACUGAUCAACGAGAAGCCUCAAGUGAUCCAGGAGUAUGAGUCAGGGAAGGCCAUUCCAAACCAGCAGAUAAUUGGCAAGUUGGAAAGAGCCUUAGGGGCUAAACUGCGUGGCAAGAAAUAAGGAACCUAAUGUCAUGGUUGUGCUUGUAGUUUGGUUUGCAUGAUAUGGGAGUGGAUUGUGUUUGCUCGUUAAAUGUGUAUAUGUAAGACAGAUAAAUGGUUGUGAGGAUCUGUGGCUUUCACUUGUUCGAAUAAAUAAAAUUGCAUUUUCAUUAUAAAUCCUACUUUUUUUUUUUUGUUUAGGGUUUAGGGUAUGAUGAAAACAAAGUUUGAAUUUAUGUAUAUCAUUUUGGUCC